CAAGAGGCCGAAACCACCUGUUUUGCCCAUACCUGAGUGCCCACUUCAUCUCGCUCCGAAGUCCAAAGAAAAAAGCCGGCGUCACGUCGACGUCAAGUGAACAGUGACUCAUGACAGCCAGGUUUGGCUGGACCGGGCGGAUGUGGCAGCACUAUCGGCUUACCAGCUGGCAAUGAACUAAAGCUGAUAGUUCGCGAAGCCAUAUAGGUUCUCAAGCGUGCGACGGAGCGAGUCGCCAUGACAGUCGGCAACCAUGUUGAUGGAGGCCAGAAGGCCAAAGAACUGCUCAGCGUGUCCUCCGCACAGCAACUGUGGGACAAAUGGCAGCUGCAGUGCUUGGUCCUUGCCAGCUUCAUCCUGCAGGCCUUCUUCCUGUUCGCCGCCAGCAUCCGGCAGCGCAACAAGUCCGCCGUGCUCCGCAUCCUGCUCUGGCUGGCGUACCUGUCGGCCGACUACGUGGCGGUCUUCGUCCUCGGCCACCUCACCCUGCAGAUGGAUCACCCGCGGCACCAGCUGGUGCUGCUGUGGGCGCCCGUGCUGCUGCUCCACCUGGGCGGGCAGGAUACCAUCACGGCCUUCUCCAUGGAGGACAACCAGCUGUGGAAGCGCCACCUCCUGGGCCUCCUCACCCAGGUGGCGAUGGCCGUCUACGUGGUGGCGAAGUCCUGGCGCAGCAGCAGCGACGGGCUCCUCGUCGCCACCGUCGCGCUCAUGUUCGUCUCCGGCACCGUCAAGUACGCCGAGCGGACGUGGGCGCUCAAGACGGCCAACUCCGACACCAUCAAAGACAGCCGCAUGAGCGACCUUUACGAAACCAUGAGGUCGAGACUUUUCGAACCUGCUGCUGCUGCCGCCAGUGGCAGACCCUCCUCGGCGGCGGUCAAGAUCCAGGGGUCCAACAACAUCAGCCAAGACAUUGCUGGCCGUCAGAGAUGGUGGCUCCAGGAGGAGUACGCCGACCUCGUGCAAGCGGCCGGCGACAGCUUCCCCAACUGCAUGAACGCGCUGAUGGGCAUCCCCGUCUCGCCAUUUCUGGGGCCCCAGCUACAGAGCAUGGGCGAAGAGAUCCAGCGCUUCCGCCGGCCGCCGACGCCGACGCCGAAGCCGACGCCGACGCGAGCAGGCAGCAGGGAGGAGGAGGAAGAUACGUUCCCGUCCAGGGCGUACAAACUGGUCGAGAUCCAGCUCUCGCUCAUGUACGACCACCUCUACACCAAGGUUGGCCUGCGGUACGCCCAGCGUUGGCCGGGGGUGGUCGGCCUCAGCCUGCCGCUCCUCACGCUCGCCACUACCUCGUCGGCUCUCGCGCUCUUCGCGGCGGCGGCGGCGACGAAGAAGGGCGGCGGCGCGUCGUACAGCUCCGUCGACGUCGCCGUCUCCUACGUCCUGCUGGCUGGCGCCGUGGCGCUGGAGGUGCUCUCGAUCCUGGCCGUCACGCUGUCCUUCCGCUCCUACUGCUUCCUGCGGGACAAGCUUGGCGCCGGCGGCAGGCUCACGCCGGCGGUCUUCUGGCUGGUCAGGUCCCUGCGACCCUGCGACAAGCAGCUGUGGUCCAACAAGUGGGAGCAGUACAACCUGCUCGCCGGAUGCAUCAAGGAGAAGCAAGCCGGCGUGCUCACGAGGGCGAUGCGUCGCGUCGGCCUGGCCGGGGACACCGAGCUCCGCCGCAUCUCUGACGAGACCAAGGCGCUCAUCUGCAAUGAGCUGGACGACGAGAUCAGGCUGCACGUGUUCAGCCACGCCCGGGGCACGGCGAUCCUGUCGCGGAGUGGGCAUGGGGUGGGCUCGCAGCUGCACAACAGCAUCUCCAGGGUGGACUUCUCCACCAGCGUCGUCACGUGGCACCUCGUCACCGACAUGUGCUUCUUCCUCAGCGGAGAGCCUGCUGCCACUGCCAGGGACGGCGACGUCGACGGCCGCCGGCACAUGGCUCUGGCACGGGAGGUUUCCAGCUAUCUCAUGGACCUCGUCAUGGAGCGGCGCGUGCUCAUCAGCAGCGAGGGCCACGUCGCGCACCGCAAGGCCCGCGACGAGGUGAAGCGGAUCCUGGCGCGGCACCAGCAGGGGGCGAGGGUCAACGCGGGCGACGCCGACGCCAUGAGGAAGAUGCUGGAGGCCGGCGUGCGCAUGAUCUCGGACUCGGACCCCACCGAGAAGGGCGCGGCGCCGGAGGGGGUGGACAUGCGGCCGGUGCUGCCCCGCGCGUGGAGGCUCGCGCAGCUGCUGCUCCAGCAGGACCGGGACACGGAAACAGGUGGCGGCGGCGGCGGCGGCGCUCCGUGGGAGAUGAUCGCGUCGGUGUGGAUCGAGAUGCUCUUCCACCUCGCCACGCGGUGUGAGGCCGGUUUCCACGCCAAGAAUCUCAGUACCGGCGGGGAGUUCAUCACCCAUGUCAGGUUCCUGCUCCACAAUCGGGGGAUCGGCUGGAACAUCAUCACUGGCCGCUUAAAUAUGAGAGACUAUAGGCCAGGCGCCUGAAACUAUAUUAUUUUGGGUUUUGUCAGACGCCCAUAAGAUUAUGAUCCAACCAACAGGAUCCUUUGUAUCAAUUACUUAAUACUAGCAUAGUAAUUGUGCGUUGUUACGGCUCAUAUGAAUUUUAUCUAGACUUACAUGAGACCGCUUUUUUUUUCUUUUUCACUUCAUGUACAAACCGUGUCGUGAAAGC